AUGUGUGACCUCAAGAGGACUCUAGACGCUACAGGCCACUGUGUCCUCGAAAUGCCUUCAGGUACCGGAAAAACUGUCUCCUUGCUAUCACUUAUUGUCUCUUAUCAGCAAUUUUAUCCUACAAAACGCAAAUUAAUAUACUGCUCCCGAACGGUUCCCGAAAUUGAGAAAGCGCUAUCCGAGCUGAAACGUCUCAUGGCUUACCGCAUUUCGCAAGCAGAGACGCCCGAGCAGAGGAUCAAAGAGGAAGCAUUCACUGGACUUGGAUUAACUAGCCGCAAAAACCUGUGCUUAAACCCAGAAGUAUCAAAAGAGAAAAAAGGGAAGUUGAAAAGGGACGGAAUGACCCGGGCAACCAUCCGCUAUGUGCUUGGCAUGAGGCGAGUAAUAGUUUUCUCACCUUCGCCUCAUACUUCACAUUAUCCACAGGGCCUCAACGAUAUGGAGGAAGGGGCUCUCAUCCCAGCUGGUAUUCACACCUUGGCUGAUAUAUCCAAUAUGGGUCGUGAGCGAACUACAUGUCCUUACUUUACUAUCCGUCGAAUGAUGCCAUUUGUCGACGUGAUCAUUUAUUCCUUCCAUUACCUUUUGGACCCCAAGGUUGCUGAGCAAGUCUCAAAAGAGCUUUCAAAGGAUUCUAUCGUUGUGUUUGACGAGGCACACAACAUAGACAAUGUGUGUAUUGAAUCACUUAGUAUUGACCUCACCAGACCAAUGUUAGAAGCUGCGGCGCGCAGUGUUACACGACUUGGCGAAAAAAUUGACGAGAUUAAGGCCACAGACGCUAACAGAUUACAAGAGGAGUACGAAAAACUUGUUGAAGGGUUGCAGGAAACAGAGAAUGACCGUGCAGAGGACGUGGUCAUGGCUAACCCUGUCCUUCCUGAUGAUCUUCUUAAGGAAGCAGUUCCAGGCAAUAUCAGAAAAGCUGAACAUUUUAUUGCAUUCCUUAAACGAUUGGUCGAGUACCUCAAGGCAUGUUAUCCCAGAUUAUCCCGAAUUAUGUCUAACAUUGUUGUUACUAAGACCCGAAUGCGUGUUUUGCACGUUGUCGCUGAAACCCCGCUCUCGUUCUUACAACAUUUGAAAGAUAUCACGUAUAUUGAGAGGCGGCCAUUACGGCGAUCGCUGAUACGGACGCUAGAGCUCACACAAAUAGAUGAAUACUCUUCUCUUCAAAAAGUUGCGAAUUUUGCGACAUUAGUGUCAACGUAUGAGAAAGGUAAACAUAUUCAAGCUGCUCUCGAACUGCGCUCAUCAGUAAAUCUAGGGUUUUUGCUUAUCCUUGAACCGUUCGAGGGUGAGAACACCACCGUUCCGAAUCCAAUUUUUCACUUUACUUGCCUCGACCCAUCUCUGGCCAUCAAACCGGUAUUUGAGCGCUUCAGUAGCGUCGUUAUCACAUCCGGUACCAUCUCCCCCUUGGAUAUGUACCCCAAAAUGUUACAGUUCACACCUGUCGUGCAAGAAACGUACCCAAUGACACUAACCCGCAACUGCUUCCUUCCACUCGUAAUUACACGUGGCUCCGAUCAGGUUGCAAUUAGCAGCCGAUUUGAGGUCCGCAACGAUCCGAGUGUGGUUAGGAAUUUUGGGAGUAUUUUGAUCGAGUAUUGUAAGAUUGUCCCCGAUGGUGUUGUUGCUUUCUUUCCCAGCUAUUUGUAUAUGGAAUCGAUCGUUGCUGCCUGGCAUGACAUGGGCAUCUUGAGUGAGGUAUGGAAAAACAAGCUUAUUUUUGUGGAAACGCCCGAUGCAAAUGAGACCAGCGUGGCGCUGGAGAAUUAUCGUAAAGCUUGUGAUAAUGGCCGGGGUGCUGUUCUACUUUCCGUCGCAAGAGGCAAGGUUUCAGAAGGAAUAGAUUUUGAUCACAACUAUGGGCGAGCCGUCAUUAUGUUCGGCAUCCCAUACCAGUACACAGAAAGUAGGAUUCUUAAGGCACGACUAGAGUAUCUCCGAGACGCAUACCGCAUUAGAGAAUCGGAAUUCCUCGGCUUUGAUGCUAUGCGCAAUGCUGCCCAGUGUGUCGGGCGUGUCCUGCGUGGUAAAACGGACUGGGGAUUAAUGAUUUUCGCGGACAAGCGAUUUGCACGAGCCGACAAGCGUUCUAAGCUUCCCCGAUGGAUCAACCAGUACAUUACGGAAAGUGCCUCGAACCUUUCUACCGAUAUGGCGCUAGUACAAUCCAAACUAUUCAUGCGUACGAUUUCCCAAAGCCAUGAUGUCGAACAAACUGGAGUAUCUCUUUGGACAAAGGAAGAUAUUGAGGCGCAUCAAGCCAAGUUGCGUGCUAUGGACCCAGCCGAUGUCGAAAUGAAUGAGGACAAGGAUGAGGAAGAUGAAUACGAGGGCGGAAUUUCCGAUGCCGUUCUCGCAAACGUGGAUUUGGAUGACAUGUAA